AUGAGUUGGAUAAAUAGAUUUUCAUGGUUGGUAUAUUCUGAAAUAGAAAAAGGGGCUCUAUGUAAGUUUUGUGUUCUAUUUUCUAAUUCUGAUACUGGUAAAGGCAGUCACGAAAAAAUAAAAAGUUUUGUGACACAGCCAUUUAAAAAAUGGAAAAAUGCGAUAGAGAAAUUUAAUGAUCAGGAAAAUUGCCAGUACCAUAAACUAUCUAAAGAAGAAAAUUUUUUGUCAGUAAAUUAUCGAAAGCAAAAAUCUGUGAUUGAAGUCUUAAACUCUGAACAAGCCAGUCAAGCUUCAGAAAAUAGAAAAAAACUAUAUUCAAUAGUUGAUACAAUUAUUCUUUGUGGUGGAUUAGAAAUGUCUUUAAGAGGAAAAACUGAUUCAGGACGUAUACAUGUAGACGAAGAAGGGAAAACUGGUGGUAAAUUCCUUGAACUACUCAAAUUUAGGGUGAACGCUGGAGAUGAAAUUUAA